CUUCAUGGUCAAGGCCCAGAGAGGGGUGAUGGACCAGCCCUGGGGUCACACAGCCCCAACCCCAAAGCUAAGAGCUGCUGGCUACACUCCAGCCCAGGAAAAGCCAUGACUCCUAACUACUAGCCAACUGGGGGCGGAGCAGAGGUGGAGCCAGGGAGACCCAGGUGGCUUCUCUGAGAACCAGAGCACAGGCGGCAGAGUGGCCUGGAGCAGCAUGAAGCAGAGUUGGGGACCAGAACUGCUCAUCCUGGGAGUGGUGGUCCUUAUAGAGGGUCUUCAAGCAGCUCAGCGUGUCUGUGGGCAGCGUGGCCCUGGCCCCCCCAAGCCUCAGGAAGGCAACACAGCACCUGGUGAAUGGCCCUGGCAGGCCAGUGUGAGGAGGCAGGGAGUCCACAUCUGCAGCGGCUCCCUGGUGGCAGACACUUGGGUUCUCACUGCCGCCCACUGCUUUGAAAAGGCAGCAGCAACAGAACUGAGCUCCUGGUCAGUUGUCCUGGGUUCUCUGCAUCGUGAGGGGUUAAGCCCAGGGGCUGAGGAGGUUGGGGUGGCUGCCCUACAGUUGCCCAAGGCCUAUAACCACUACAGCCAGGGCUCAGACCUGGCCUUGCUUCAGCUUGCCCACCCCACGGCCCACACACCCCUCUGCCUGCCCCAACCUGUCCAUCGCUUUCCCUUUGGAGCUUCUUGCUGGGCCACUGGCUGGGAUCAAGACACCAGUGAUGUUCCCAGGACCCUACGGAAUCUGCGCCUGCGUCUAAUCAGCCGCCCCACGUGUAACUGUCUCUACAACCGGCUGCAUCAGAGGCUCCUGGCUAGCCCAGCCAGGCUGGGAAUGCUCUGUGGGGGUGCUCAGCCUGGGGUGCAGGGGCCCUGUCAGGGAGAUUCUGGAGGUCCCGUGCUGUGCCGUGAGCCUGAUGGACAUUGGGUUCAGGCUGGUAUCAUCAGCUUUGCAUCAAGAUGUGCCCAGGAGGACAAUCCUGUGCUGCUGACUGACACAGUUGCUCACAGCUCCUGGCUGCAGGCUCAAGCUCAGGGGGCAGCCUUCCUGGCCCAGAACCCAGGGACUCUGGAGACCAGUGAUGAGGACAGCUGUGUAGUGCUGAGAAUUGAACCCAGCACCUCACACAUGCUAGCCUGUGGAUCCUUGAGGACAGAGGGUCCCCAGGCAGGAGCCCCCUCCCAGUGGCCCUGGGAUGCCAGGCUGAAGCACCAGGGGAGACUGGCCUGUGGUGGAGCACUAGUGUCAGAGGAGGUGGUGCUGACUGCUGCACACUGCUUCAUUGGGCGCCAGACCCUAGAGGAAUGGAGUAUAGGGCUAGGGGCUGAACCAGAGGAGCACAGCCUGAAGCAACUCAUCUUGCAUGGGGCCUAUACGCACCCCGAGGGGGGCUACGAUGUGGCCCUCUUGCUGUUGGCCCAACCUGUGACACUGGGCCCCAAAGUGCGGCCCCUUUGCCUGCCCUACACUGACCACCACCUGCCUGAUGGGGAACGUGGCUGGGUCCUGGGUAUGGCCCGUCAAGGAGCAGGGAUCAGCUCUCCCCAGAUGGUACCUGUGACUCUCCUGGGGCCAAGGGCCUGCAGUCGUCUGCAUGCAGCCCCUGGAAGUGAUGACAUCCCCAUUUUGCCAGGGAUGGUGUGUACCAGUGUUGUGGGUGAGCUGCCCCAUUGUGAGGGCUUGUCUGGAGCACCACUGGUACACAAGGUGAGGGGCACAUGGUUCCUGGCUGGGCUACACAGCUUUGGGGAUGCCUGCCAAGGCCCUGCACAACCUGCGGUCUUCACAGCACUCCCUGCCUAUGAGGACUGGAUCAGCAGUUUGGACUGGCAGGUCUACUUUGCUGAGGAGCCAGAACCUGAGGUUGAGGCUGGAAGCUGUCUGGCCAACUGGAGUCAACCAGCCAGCUGUUGACAGGUGACUCUCUAGGCUGUUCACAGGACGCGAGAAAAGUGAGGCAACUCCCACAUCAACACCUCUGCGCCCGCCUCCCCGCCAAGUGUAGUUCCAGUCCCUGGGACAGCCCAACAGCCCAUCUGGUUGUGGAAAGGAGCCUGCCCAGAUGGGAAGAUGCUCCCACUCUCUGCCCUGCAGGACAGGGAUGUCACCUGUGGAUGUUCCCACACUCAGCUCUGCUCUCCAAUGCAGGCAUCCCCAGUUCCCCUAUCCUUCAUUCUCCAGAUACAAUCACACCAAUCAUUUGUUUUGAAACUUCCUUUUUUUGGGGGGAGCAAUUUUCCAUUUUUUUAAACUUAAAUAAAUUGUUACA